GUCGGGCGUUACGUCAUCAUAAAAUGGCGGCCUGAAGCGAACGAGGGUUUGUGUGCCCAGCUUUCCCACCUCCCCCUGCCUCCUCCAGGCCAGAGCAAAAUCCCAUCUCCCAUUGCUGAAAAUGCAGUGUGCCCAUCACUGUGAGCACCUACUGGAGAGACUGAACAAACAACGAGAGGUGGGCUUCCUUUGUGACUGCACCAUUAUUAUUGGUGAAUUCCAGUUCAAAGCUCAUCGAAAUGUUCUGGCUUCCUUUAGCGAAUACUUUGGGGCUUUUUACAGGGAUACUUCAGAGAGUAACGUGUUCUUGGAUCAGAACCAAGUGAAGGCCGAUGGAUUUCAGAAACUUCUAGAGUUCAUAUACACGGGAGACUUAAGCCUGGACAGUUGGAAUGUUAAAGAAAUACAUCAGGCUGCUGACUAUCUCAAAGUGGAAGAGGUAGUCACUAAAUGUAAAAUAAAGAUGGAAGACUUUGCUUUUAUUGCAAAUCCCUCUUCUACAGAAAUAUCUAGUAUUACUGGGAACAUUGCACUGAAUCAACAGACUUGCCUGCUAACUCUUCGUGACUACACUAGCCAAGAGAAAUUGGAUGCCCCUUCAGUGGACCCAGUCCCAUCCCCAGUUUUAACAGCAACCUUGGGGAAAAAAUCUGCUCAAACCAAAAAGCGGAAGAAGGCCUUCGGUUCCCCCAAAACACUGCCAGACAAGCCUGCACAAUAUCCAAACGAUGUGACAGAGAGCACUGCCAUAGAGAUGUUUUUGGAUGCAAAUAAACUGGCAACAGAGAUAACAGAGCAAGCUGCCCAAGGUGGGGAUAAUUCUGAGCUGCAGCUCACUCCUGUAGUGGAGAGUGAAACCUUUGCUGCCCAAGAGAUCCUUAUCCAGACUAUGGCUAUGAAACCCAAGCGAAGCAAAGCGCAGCAAAGUUGUGCUUUGAAAGAGCACUGCUUGUCUAACAUCACCAGUGACAAGAACUCUUAUCAGCUGGAAAGCUCAGGAGAGGAACUGGACCCAAAAUAUUCCAAGUCCAAACCAGUUUGUAACACCUGUGGCAAGGUGUUCUCUGAAGCCAGCAGCCUGAGGCGGCACAUGAGGAUCCACAAAGGUGUCAAGCCCUACGUGUGUCAGCUCUGCGGAAAAGCCUUUACACAGUGCAACCAGCUGAAAACGCAUGUAAGGACUCACACAGGGGAAAAACCAUACAAAUGUGAACUCUGUGACAAAGGCUUUGCUCAGAAAUGUCAGCUGGUUUUCCACAGCCGUAUGCAUCACGGGGAGGAGAAGCCGUACAAGUGUGAUGCUUGCAACCUGCAGUUUGCAACGUCUAGCAAUCUGAAGAUUCAUGCCCGGAAACACAGUGGAGAGAAGCCAUAUGUCUGUGAUAGAUGUGGUCAGCGCUUUGCACAGGCAAGCACGUUGACCUAUCAUGUACGGCGACACACAGGAGAAAAACCAUAUGUUUGUGAUACUUGCGGGAAAGCUUUUGCAGUCUCCAGCUCACUUAUUACACACUCAAGAAAGCACACAGGAGAGAAACCAUAUAUAUGUGGCAUUUGUGGCAAAAGCUUCAUUUCUUCAGGAGAACUCAGCAAACAUUUUCGGUCUCACACAGGUGAAAGACCAUUUAUCUGUGAGCUGUGUGGAAAUUCUUACACAGAUAUUAAAAACCUAAAGAAACACAAAUCAAAAGUUCAUACAGGUUCUGAGAAUGGCCUGGACCCCGUCACACUUGAGCAUUCCUUUAAUGACCCGGACUCACUUCCACAGGAGAAAAGCCCUUUGCUGGAGUCUGUCGAUGUGAAGCCUUCAGACAUCGCCUUGCCUCUCCCUACUGGGAUAGAAGACCACCAAGUGCUGUUGCCGGUAACGGACAGCCAGUCUCCCCCCUCAGACACUCUUCUGAGGUCGACCAUUGCUGGAUAUUCAGAACCUCAGUUUAUUUUUCUCCAGCAGUUGUACUGAAAUCCCCUCUGGCAGCGAGGGCAUCUUUGGUAAAGCGAAUGUAAUCAUGUGGCUGUUUUUAAGUCAGACUUUGACUUGGAUUCAUAUAGAGUCACUUGUAGCUCCCUUUUUUCAUUCUUAUGGUUUUUUAAAUCAAGAACAAAAGAUUCUGGAGUUCCUUUCUCUUUGAAAGAAUUACGUUUGCAUUUUUUAGAAGAUAAAUAUGUCUUUUUUCCCCUCCAACACCUGCCUUAAGUGGUCUUUCAGUUAAUCUGGAUGACUCCAUUGAAGUUCAAGCUGUGUGUCUUCUGUAGUCAAUAUAUGAUCAGUUCCUGUUGUCCACUCACCAGCUAAUUCGCCUUCUUAAGUGCUCAGUAAAGUUCCUUUCUUGGGCUAAAACUUCCACUUUAGAUUUCCAGGAGCUGUAGUCUUAGAAAAAGAAACUUUUCAGAGCUCCUAAGUGAAAUUUAGUGAAUAGAGACAGCAGAGGAAGCUCUUCUUCAUGAAUUCUGUCAUCCGUGCUUAGAGUUGUGUGUUUUCUGCAUCCAAGUAGUUCAAACGUAUGUGUUGAGAGCUGAAUUCUAUAUUUGAACUAAAUUUGCAUGAUUUUUUCUUAUUUUGCAUUACAGGUUUGGGUGGCCCUGUCAAGGGCUUUUCAGGGCAUUAAAACUGUCAGGCAAAUCCCGUUUCAUCCAUCCUGACUUCUAACACAUCAGCAGACACUCCUUUGAAAAUGUUAUUUU